AUGUCUUUCGUUGAAGCAAUUAUUGAUACAUCUGUUUCGAGACCGAUUUUACUUUUUGUUAUUGGAGUUCCAGCAGCAAUUUGUAAUGCGACAAUUUUUCUUGGAGUGAAAACAUUUCGUCAAUCUCCAAGUUCUUAUUAUGUUGUUGGUCAAUCAAUAUUCGAUUUAGAUAAUUUAUUAAUUGUUCUUCUUGAAAGUAUUCCAUCAACAUCAAUGAACGCAUCUGCAAUAGCAUGCAAGUUGAUGAUUUACUUUAGUCAAAUAAUCGGACCAUGUGCUAUGACUUUUCUUUGUCUGUCGACAUUUGAUCGUUGGGCAUGUACAUCAAGAUCGGCUAAACUACGUCAAUUAAGUUCAAUUGGUAUAGCUCGUCGUAUUUUUCCAAUUCCCGUUAUAGUCUGGCCAUUGGUCCGCGUACCUUAUCUUAUUUAUUGCGAUUUUAUUCCACCUUUUUUUACAUGUGGAUUUACAAAUCUUCUUUUUGCAGAAAUUGCCCUUUCUUUUCUGGCUCCUAUAUUUUCUGUUAUUUUUCCGCUUAUCAUUUUAAUCAUAUUUAGUAUUCUUACAUAUCGAAAUCUUCAUCUUAUGACAACUGAUAAUGCUCAACAACAAUCUGUUCGCACUCGUUUAUCGAUGUGGGAACAACAAAUAACAAGAAUGAUGAUCAUUAAAACAGUGUUAAAUAUAUCAUGUACACUUCUUCGAUGUAUCUUGAUGAUUUAUACAAUAGCAACACUAAAUCAACGUGCAAUGAGAAGUUUAAAUCGAAUUUAUAUUGAAACUCUGCUUGAUCAAUUGACGUAA